GCAGCAAACCCAUUUCCUCACAACGGUCUCUCCUCUCCAAACUUUGUCUCUGUGCACUCUCACAUCUCUGCAAUCGUCUUGAACCAUCUCAUCUUCCUCCUUCUAACUCUCACCACUCUUUUCAACACCUUCACUUCCAAACCACCUUUGCACAGUUCGGCGUCAAAGCCCUCCCUCACUAUAUGAAAGGCGGCAGGGAAGCGGCGGCGGUGGAAUUUGGACAGGUGUUGUGGCCGGAGUUUGGUUGAUGAGAGGUUGCCGCCGAAAUUUGGUUGAUGGGUUGAAUCUGUAGGUGACGCCGGUAAGGAUGAAGAAGUUUGGUUGAUGGGCUGGGUCUGUAAGUGACGCCGGUAAGGAUGAAGAAGUUUGGUUGAUGGGUCGGGUCUGUAGGUGACGCCGGAAAAUCAAUAUUCCGGCAGCCGGAAAGCAAUUCUCCUUCUCUGAGUUUCGAAGCUAUUCGCAUUCUUCUUCACUACGAUACACACGAGAACAAGGCAGUCUAAUGGAUGCAAUGAACAACUCAGAAGCUCCAAAAGAAGCACUAUAUACAGAUAUCAAGUCCUUCUUUGACUCGGCUCCUCCUCUAACACAUGGUCCCGAUAUCAGUAGAAAAUUGAAUGAGUUUAUAGGAAGGAAUUCUGUAUCAUCAGGCAAAGGUAAUAGGGUUGUAUGUGUAACUUCUGGUGGGACAACAGUUCCUUUGGAGCAACGAUGCGUCCGUUACAUAGAUAACUUUAGCUCAGGCCAUAGAGGAGCAGCCUCCACAGAGUAUCUUGUGAAGGCUGGAUAUUCUGUUAUCUUUCUCUAUCGCAGGGGAACCUGCCAGCCAUAUUGUAGAUCUCUUCCAGAUAAUCCAUUGCUUGAAUGUUUCGAGUCCAUCAAUGAGUCGAACAUUCAAGUCUGCCAGUCACAUUCUGAAGCAGUGCGGAGGGCCAUUAGUGAACAUCAUGCAGCUGUAGCAGAAGGCCUCUUGUUGAAACUUCCCUUUACAACAAUAUUCGAGUAUCUUCAGAUUUUACAGUUGAUUGCAAUAUCAUUGAGGAGUCUUGGGCCAAGUGCAAUGUUUUAUCUUGCAGCUGCAGUGUCUGACUUUUAUGUUCCAUGGGAAAGUAUGGCAGAACAUAAAAUUCAGUCUGGAUCUGGUCCUUUGGAUAUGCGACUUGUUCAAGUCCCAAAGAUGCUUUCAGUGCUAAGGAAAGAGUGGGCUCCCACAGCCUUCUGCAUAUCAUUCAAGCUAGAGACGGAUUCAAAGAUUCUUUUAGAGAAGGCUGGUAUGGCCCUUAAAAAGUAUGGGAUGCAUGCAGUAGUAGCAAACGAGCUUUUGACCCGUAAAGAGGAGGUUGUAGUUGUCACAAGUAGUGGAAUGAUUUCAGUUCACCGAGACAAUACUCAAUCCGGUGCUGAUGUGGAGAGACCAUUGAUCGAACUCCUUGUGGAGAGACAUUCAGCUUAUAUCGAGGCUUCAACUAUAUGAUAUCUUAGCAUAUUGCAUCUGAUAGGUGAUGGACACGACAGAAAAUUUUCAAAUAAAGCUUCUUGUUCUCAUAUAGAAGUUAUUGUUUGGUGCAAUCGUCUACAAAGUGUAAGGAUUCGGGUUCAAGUUGGAGACUUAUCAAUCUCUGCUAAAAUAAUUUCACCCUUCAUCAUUGAUUAAUCAUAAUAAAGAUUACAGGGUUAUUAAUCUCUCAAAUGCUAUCUGCAGAAGGCACGUUCGAUUGAAAAUUUAUCUCGUCCUUUCUGGUUUGAUUUAUGACAAAAUGAGAGAGCCUUUUUCGUUUAAUGAGAUUUAUUGAACCUGUUAAUUUAAGUCUUUGUUACUCUGCUGAAAAAUUGAAUGCGGGCCACUGAAUUAUUAUGUUGAAAUAAAUUACUGUAUGUUACGUUGCUGUUGUGCUAUAUAAGGUCAUAUUUUGUUAUGUUUA